GUCCAUUGUGGGCGUGGGGGUCGCAAUUCAACAAUCAUUACAGCUACUGCGCUACACUCAGCCGCUUCAAUGGCUUCAGGACGACUUCUAGAGCGGCCCAUUCAAUUAAGGCAUGAUGACGAAGAGGAUGAGGAGCUGGAGACUUCGGACCAGGAUUUGAACGGCCAAGCGCAGUCAGAGAGUGACGCCCCUGUGGGAAGCAAUUCGCAGUCUGAAGACGAGGACAGCGCUCUAUCAUCUGAGUCGGAAGCAGGCGUGGAAGCACCCCUGGGUGAUAUCAGCUUCGGUGCGUUGGCGAAAGCCCAGGAAACCUUCGAUCCCAAACCUCGGAAACGAAAAUUUGCGGAGAGCUUGGAAGAACCCUCAUCAGACAACGGCGAAGUGAGCCGAGCAGAUUCCUUCGAUACGCGCAAAAGAGCCAAGGAAGCACGGAUUGACGCACCCAAAAGAACUUCAAAACAUGCCCCGACUGUCGAGUCGGCGCGGAAACCUGUCUCGCGAAAGAGAAUAAUAUUCGAGCCAUCCCCUUCGCUGAAAACGCGAGAUCCCCGCUUCGAUCCUACAGUCAUGUCCGCAAAUCGAGACAGAAACGCCACGGAGAAGGCAAACAAGAACUAUUCUUUUCUGUCCACAUAUCAAGCCGAUGAAAUUCUGCAGCUCAAGGCUCAAAUCAAAAAGGAAAAAGAUCCUGAGGUUGUUGCCGAUCUGAAGCGACAGGUCAUGUCCCUGGAAUCAAAGAUACGCAAUACAGAGGCGCACCAGCGCGAGAAGGAGAUCCGGAAAAGACACAAGGAAAAAGAAAAGGAAGCGCUUCGGACUGGACAAAAGUCGAAACCUUACUAUCUAAAAGAGACUGACGUCAAGAGGCUCGCCAAGGAGGAGAGAUUGCAGAGUCUGGGCAAGAAAGUGCGAGAUAAGGCAGAGAAGAGGCGAAGGAAGAGGGAGAAGGCCAAAGAAGCGCGAGAUAUGCCUCGGGCGAGGCGUGAGAGAUAACAACGACGAAACGCACUUGUCCCAUGGACGACUAUGGUUUCAUCUCCAUAUCUACGACCAGCUUUCCACCCACUCCCCGGUGAUAGUCCUCGACCAACUCAUUCAGCUUUUCCAGCGGAUACGUUCUGAUCCUUGCCCUCACCCCGUUUUUCGCCGCAAAGUCGACCAUGGCCUGUAACUGUCGGUUCCUCCCAGUCAAGACGCCUAACAGCUUAAUGUGUCGAAACACCAGAUCGCCGGGCUUGAACCUCCACCCGUCUUUUGGGAAGCUCACACAGACACAGGUGCCGUGAUUCUUCAACACGUUCAUCCCAAAGUCAAAGGCGGCUUGCGAUUCAGGGAGAAUGAUGGACGAGUCGCAACCCUUUUCGCUCUCGAGCCCCUUUUCAGCCUCGCCAAAAAUGCGCUUCUUCGCGUCUUCGGCAGAUUCCUUCAACGCAUCCACCAUCGUGACUCUCUUACCAUCCUCCCCGAGUCCCUCAAUCACAUCCUUCAACAUGGACAUGGCGGGCGUCGUGUCCACGGCGACAACAUUCCACCCCAGCUUCGCCGCAAACUGCACCCCCAGAUGUCCCAGCCCGCCGCCCGCUCCCAGAAUCGCAACGUAUUUGCCGAGGCCAUUGCUUUUCCCGGCGGUGGUAUCCACGCCUGCCGUUUCAAGGGAGUUCCAAACCGUUACUCCCGCACACAUCAGCGGGGCGAUAUCCACCGCCCGCAUGCUUCCUACCUCGGGGACGCGGGCAACCUGCCGGACAUCGACAAGACACCACUCCUGGAACCCGCCGUCUUUGGUCAUCCCCAGAUUCCCCGCCCGUGUACACCAGACACCAUACCCUUUCAUGUCGCCGCCAUUCUCCGUGCACUCCUUGCACUGGCCGCACGCAUUGAACGCCCGCCCGGGCACACCGACCAAGCUUCCGACCUUCAGCCCUUUUGCCUCGGCUAUCUUCUGUGCGUCGGGCCCGAUCUGUUCCACGACGCCGGCAAAUUCAUGAGAGCCUAUACGCGGGAGUUCUUGCUGCAUGGCCCCAGCCGCGAAGACCGCGUCCGUGUGGCAGUAUGAGGCCGCCUUGACGUGGAUGAGGAGCUCAUGGCCUUUGGGUGGAGGCGGCGCAGGGUGGUCGGUCGUGAAGGUGUAUGGCGCAUUGAAGCGUUCUAGCACUUGAGCGCGCAUUGUGGACGGGACUGGAGUACCGAGAGCGCUGUUAUAGGUGUGUGUGGUGUCGCUGCCGCUGUGAGUGUAGAGUGUCCUGACGAGCCUAACCCGGAAAGCUGCGCUCUCAGUGCCGGUGCAAUGCCUUAUUGAUCGCGGUAAACCUAAGGCUUGUGUGCGAAAGUCCCCUCUCGAGGUAGCGAUAGACCUCGGUGUUGGUGGUGGUGGUGGUGGUGGUGGUGGUAAUGACGACGACGGGAAUGAUGAUAGAGUCCUCUGGCCUGCGCUUGUAUGUCCGAGGAGUUGUAGAAGACCUGUCGUUGCUCUCACCCUAUCUUGCCCUGCAAGCAUUCAAAAGGAGAACGGCCUCCUUUGUCUCUUAGAGUAGACUUGGAAUUGUCCACGACUAAGCUCUUCAAGAAUCCGUUCUCGGCCCAAGCACCCACUUGAGGGGAACAACACACAAGGCUAUCGUCUAUGUUAGGCCGCCCGAUUCUUGACGACUCUGAGGAAGGGAGAAAUUUGGGUAGAAACGGAACAAAUGGUUGGAAGAGGGUACCGAGGGAUCUAUCAGAGAGGUCUUGGGAGGUAAAAGUAUGCAGCUGGCAUGUUGGGGAAAGGACUGUUCAGCCUCGUGGUCAGUGGCGGGGUCAGAGGCCUUCUCCAAGUCCGAGUUGGAGAAAGGAAUCAACGACGGGGAUGACUUUGCGCAAGGCUCUACCGACUGCGUCUACCAGUCUGACUUCCACACAUUUGCUGCAGGCCGAGAGAUUCUCCCGCAAUGUCAACGCUUAUGGGCUGUCGAAAG